AUGGACGUGCUGCCGUCGUCCACGGGCAAUGACCCGAUCCUCGAGAAUAUCGAUGGCUCGACGGAGAGGUCUGGCGGCUCCCAAGCCAACGGCAGCUUCUCCGAAGCCUCCGCCCGAGGCGCUCGCCCUCGCAAGGUGAGCAGCGGCGAGAAAGAGAAGAGUGACGCGCGAGUCCGCACCCGGCCGGGUCGAACCAAGUCGGGCAAGAUUGUCAAGGAGAGUAAGCCUGUCCGCGAGGCCCGCAAGAAGAAGCAAAAGGUUGUCGAGGACCAGCUCCGGCCCCCGAGCUUCUGGAACGUGUACUGCUCCAUUGUCACCUUUUGGUGCCCGGACUUCAUGCUCAAGUGCUGCGGGAAGCCCACCAAGGCUCAGCGGCGAGCCUGGCGAGAGAAGAUGGGCCUCAUCAGCAUCAUCCUCUUCAUUAUGGCCAUUGUUGGUUUCCUGACGUUUGGCUUCACCGCAACUGUCUGCAGUGCACCCCCGCUGCGCCUGCAAGUCAACGACGUCGGCCUCGGAUACAUGAUCUUCCACGGCGUCGCAUAUGACCUCUCCAAUUCUCACCAUCCCCCGGCCGAGGGAAUUCCUUUGAGGGGCGAUGGCCUGGGAGCCAACGUUCUUUUUGAUCUUCCGGAGAAGCACGGUGGCCAGGAUGGCAGCUUCCUGUUCCAGAACGUCAACGGUCAUUGCAAAGAUCUCAUCACUUUGGCUCCAGGCUCCGAUGUGCCCACCAACGCCCAAGGUGAGCUGGCCUGGUACUUCCCCUGCACCACGUUCAACCAGGACGGAUCGACCAAGCCCAACACGACCAUUGACUACUACCUUGGGUACGGCUGCCACACGACACUCAAGUCCCGAAAUGCCUUCUACCUCGAUCUGAGUGGCGCCGCGGACGUCUACUUCUCUUGGGAUGACGUCAAGAACAGCUCGCGAAACCUCAUUGUCUACUCUGGCAACGUCCUCGACCUCGACCUCCUCAACUGGUUCAACGAGUCCCAAGUUGUGGUUCCGGACCGCUUCAAGGAGAUCCGUGACACCAAUUCGGCCGUCAACAAGGCAAUCCGGGGCCGUGAUGUCACCCGCAUGUUCCAGUCGUCGGAUGACAAGAAGUACCUCCAGUGCUUUGACGAGAUCAUCAAGGUCGGCUCCAUCGAUACAGAGACGGUCGGCUGCAUCGCUUCCAAGGUUGUACUGUACUGUGCACUCAUUCUGAUUCUGUCGGUCGUCCUGUCGAGAUUUGUUCUCGCUCUCGUGUUCCAGUGGUUCAUCAGCCGUCACUACGCGGCGAGCAAGACCUCACAAAGCUCCGAUCGCAGGAAGCGUAACCGUCAGAUCGAGGACUGGUCCGAGGACAUCUACCGAGCACCCGUCAGGCUGCCCGGCGACAUUGGUAGCACCGUUGCCGGUUCUGACAGGAUGAGCAAGCGAGGCUCCUCCUUCUUGCCAACUACCUCGAGGUUCUCUGCCGUCUACGGUGCGGACCGCGCGCCCGGGCAGCGCCGCGUGCCUACGACAAUGGCGAGCCAGGGAACGCCAGGCUCGUCCAUGCUGAACCCCAACUCCAUCUACAAACAAGGCAAUGACAGUCGAGCGAGCUUCCUCCGAUCCGAUCCCUACGCUAGCGGCAGCGUGUCUGACGGACCCGGCCCAGCCGGCUUCAUCCAUGAUGCUGUUGUCCCUCAGCCUCCUUCUGACUGGAUGCCUUUCGGUUUCCCGCUAGCCCAUACUAUGUGUCUGGUCACGGCGUACUCUGAAGGCGUAGAGGGCAUCCGAACCACGCUCGACUCGAUUGCGAUGACGGACUACCCCAACAGCCACAAGUGCAUUGUCGUCAUCUGCGACGGCAUCAUCAAGGGCAAGGGCGAGGCCGUCUCGACCCCCGACGCCUGUUUGAGCAUGCUCAAGGACCAUUCGACCCCGCCUGAGCUUGUGCAGCCGUUUUCGUACGUGGCUGUCGCGAGCGGCUCCAAGCGACACAACAUGGCAAAGGUAUACUGCGGCUUCUACGACUACGGCGCCAAGUCCCAGAUCCCCAUCGACCGUCAGCAGCGCGUCCCCAUGAUGGUUAUCGUCAAGUGUGGCACACCUGCGGAGGAGGGCAAGGGCAAACCCGGCAACCGAGGCAAGCGAGACAGUCAGAUCAUCCUCAUGUCGUUCCUGCAAAAGGUCAUGUUCGAUGAGCGAAUGACGGAGCUCGAGUACGAAAUGUUCAACGGCAUGUGGAAGGUGACGGGAAUAUCGCCCGACUACUACGAAAUCGUGCUCAUGGUGGACGCCGAUACCAAGGUCUUCCCCGACAGCUUGACGCACAUGGUGUCCGCCAUGGUCAAGGACCCUGAGAUCAUGGGCCUGUGCGGCGAGACCAAGAUUGCAAACAAGCGCGACAGCUGGGUCACGGCCAUCCAGGUCUUCGAGUACUUCAUCUCUCACCAUCUGGCCAAGUCAUUCGAGUCGGUCUUUGGUGGUGUGACGUGUUUGCCCGGCUGUUUCUGCAUGUACCGCAUCAAGGCGCCCAAGGGAGGGCAGAACUACUGGGUUCCCAUCCUUGCCAACCCCGACAUUGUCGAGCACUACUCGGAGAACGUGGUCGAGACGCUGCACGAGAAGAACCUGUACCUCCUGGGUGAAGAUCGAUACCUGACGACGCUCAUGCUUCGCACAUUCCCCAAGCGAAAGCAGGUCUUUGUACCCCAAGCCGUGUGCAAGACAACUGUCCCCGACAAGUUCAUGGUCCUCCUGUCUCAGCGCCGACGAUGGAUCAACUCGACCAUCCACAACCUCAUGGAGCUGGUCCUUGUGCGAGACCUCUGCGGCACUUUCUGCUUUAGCAUGCAGUUUGUUGUAUUCGUCGAGCUCAUCGGCACCCUGGUGCUUCCCGCUGCCAUUGCCUUUACCUUUUAUGUUGUCAUCACGUCUAUUAUCCAUUCGCCUCCGCAAAUCAUUCCGCUGGUGCUCUUGGCUCUCAUUCUCGGUCUCCCUGGAGUGCUGAUCAUUGUCACGGCGCACAACUGGUCGUACGUCAUUUGGAUGUUGAUCUACCUACUCUCGCUCCCCAUCUGGAAUUUCGUUCUGCCGACGUACGCCUUCUGGAAGUUUGACGACUUCUCGUGGGGCGACACGCGAAAGACUGCUGGCGACAGCAAGAAGGGCGGCCACGAGACUGAGGGAGAGUUCGACAGCAGCAAGAUCACCAUGAAGCGGUGGGCCGAGUUUGAGCGCGAGAAGCGAUCCAAGAGCGCCUACUGGGGCUCGCGGGAAAACGUGGUCGGCGGAAGCCACAGCAGCUGGGCAAUGCCCCAAGGCCACUACCACAACGAGGAGUACUAUUCGGAUGCCUGA